GCUUGGAGAACCAAAAUGGGGGGCUUGGGAGGAGGCAAACCAGGCUGGGGGAGCUGGGUCGGUGUUGGGGGGAACAAAGCAGAGCUGGGGUUUGUGAACCGGGCUGAGAGGCAAACCAGGCUUGGGGCGAUCAGACCGGGACUGAGCAUCGUAUCGCGGGGGAGCGAACCGGGACUUGGCGGGUCCGAACCGGGGCUGCGGGGUCCGAACCGGGGCUGCGGAGUCCGAACCGGGGCUGGGGGCUCGAGUUCCGGAGGGAGCGUCCGGGGCGGUGCCGCGGGGCGGGUCCGGCCGGUGCCGCCCCACCUGGCGGCGCCGACCCCGAGCGCUCUGCCUGUGCCGGUGCCGGUGUCGGUGCCGGUGUCGGUGCCGGUGCCGGUGUCGGUGCCAGUGUCGGUGUCGGUGUCGGUGUCGGUGUCGAUGCCGGUGUCGCUGCCGGUACCGGUGUCGGUGUCGGUGUCGCUGCCGGUACCGGUUCCGGUGGCCGCGGCGAUGGCGCUCGGGGGGUCGCGGCCGCGGGGCCGGCGGGCAGCGGGGGGCUGGGUGCCGUGCUUGGCGCUGGCUCUGGGCUGGGCGCUGGGGUGGGCGCUGGGCACGGAGCCCCCGCACCGCUGCCGCCCCGACACCGCUCUGCUGCCGCCGCCGCUCCGCCGCCUCGGGGGCCCCGCGCUGCUCCGCGCCGCCGUUCCGCGCCUCCGCGGCGGCUGGAGCCCCUGCCAGCUGUACCGAUACCCCCACGGAGACCCCCGGCCCAACGGCACCGGGCCCUGCACCCGCGGCUGGCACUACGCGCUGCCCGCCGCCGGGCUCCGAGCCAACCUCGUCACACAGUGGGACCUGGUGUGUGCCUCUCGCUGGAAGGUGCCCCUGGAGCAGAGCACGCACCUGCUGGGCUGGGCACUGGGCAGUGUCACCGCCGGCCUGGCCUGUGACAGGUUCGGCCGCCGUCCCACCUUCCUGCUGUCCCUGGCGCUGGCCGUGCCCCUGGGGCUCGGCGUGGCACUGGCUGUGGAUUUCCUCAUGGUCCUGGUGGCACGGCUGCUCUUCGGGGCCGCGCUGGCAGGAGCUUUCCUCGCCCUCUACGUGGCACGGCUGGAGCUGUGUGACCCCCCGCACCGGCUGGGGGUGACAAUGGUGGCCGGAUUCUUCUGGAUCGCCGGGGAGCUGCUGCUGCCGGGGCUGGCCCUGCUGUGCCGGGACUGGCGGGUGCUGCAGGGCGCUGUCACCAUGAUCCUGGCCCUGCUGGCCGCCUGCUGGUGGUGCCCGGCACUGCUGCUGGAGUCACCGCGCUGGCUGCUGGCCACGCGGCAGCUGGAGAGGGCCAGGAAGACCCUGCAGGCGCUGGCCGAAGACAACUGUCCCCAGGACAGCCUCCUCACGGAGCUGGAGGCCCUGUCCGAGGGGCCCCCGCGGCCCCGGUACCACUCUGUCUGCGAGAUCUGCAGCACCAGGGUCAUCUGGAAGAACGGCGUCAUCCUCGGCUUCGCGGCGUUCAUCGGCUCCGGCAUCCGCCACUGCUUCACCCGCAACCUGGUCCCCCACCUGCCCCUCUUCUCCUCCCACCUGGUGCUGGUGGGCACCGAGGCCGCCGCCUGCCUCUUCGUGUGCCUGACUGCCGAGCGCUUCGGGCGCCGCGCCAUCCUCCUGCUCUGCACCGUCCUCACCGGCAUCUCCUCCCUGCUGCUGCUGGCCCUCACCCAGUACCUGCUGGAGCUCAUUGUCCUGACCCUGUCCGUGGUGGGCACGGCCGCCUCCCACGCCGUCACCAUGCUCAGCAUCUUCUUUGCCAGCGAGGUUCUCCCCACCGUGAUCAGGGGCGCCGCCCUGGGCUUGGUCCUGGGGGCCAAUUUCGUGGGCAAAGCCGCGGCGCCCAUCACCGCCAUCCCCAACAGCCGCGGCUUCUUCCUGCACCACGUCGUGUUCGCUUCCUUCGCCAUCCUGGCCGUGCUCAGCAUCAUGUUACUGCCCGAGAGCCAGGGCCGGGGCCUGCCCCAGUCCCUGCAGGACGGCGAGAGCCAGCGCCGCCCGCCCCUGUUCCGCCGCCCCCCCCGCGAGGACCACCUGCCCCUGCUGGCCCCCCAAGCCAUCCCCCACGACUAUUCCCGCCUGGCCACCUCCACCAAGAGGAUGCUGCGCUCCCCGGACGCCCCCCGCGAGAUGUAGCCGUGCCCCCCGCGCUCCCCGGGGGUCUCCCCGCUGUCCGGGGGUGUUACGGGAGCAGCGCCCACCCCGCGCUGGGGCCGGAUCCCUGCCCAGGAGCAGCGGCGCUGGGAGCCCCGGGGCGGGGGUGAAGCCCCCCCGGGGGUGCUGCCGGCUCCCAAUAAAAGUGCCUUGUUUCUACGG